AAAUAGAGAAAGAUGUUUAUUAUUAUCCGAUAUAUAAAAUGCUGGACAUUCAUCUUUACGGUUGUAUCAUGCCUUGAUAUUCAGAUAGACAAUGCAGGAGGUAAUAUAGUUAAACAGCUGGGCCAGAGCGUUGAGCUUCAGUGUAAUGUUUUGUACAUUGAUGCAUCUUCAGCAGAUAUAGUUGGUAACCCUGCGACUUGGGAGAAACUGUCCCGUCGAGAUAACCCCUUGUAUACUAUUGUCUCUACUGGUUCAAAUAAAAGAGCUGGUGUACCUGAUCGCAUCGGUGUUGACUUUGGUGAUUAUUCAACAUCAAUUCCAAAUACAAGUGGAAUAAAAUACUCACUCAAGAUAACAGGACUUGAAGCAGGAGACAAUGGAACAUACGCCUGUCUGGUUGGAGAUGUGAAAAUAGAGUACAAUCUCCUUAUUCCGUCUUCAGUUGAGACAGUUAUACUUGAUGAUUCUAAGACCAACGAUACGUCUCAACUGAAAACAUUUGAGUACACUGAAGGUGAAACCAGAUCUCUCAACUGCACAAGUCAUGGUGGUUCACCAGAUGCAAAGCUAGUGGUAACCUUUGAUGGUGUUGAUAAGACAGAUGAAAUGGAUUCCUAUCAAAAAUGGUACUUGGAGAACCCUGAAAGUGCCUUUGAAGCGGCUAAAGUCGCAGUUAGCCGUUCUAUGAACUAUACGGCAAAGAAAGAGGAUAACCUAAGGACAAUACGAUGCACAGCUAGUGUAGAUGGGUUGCCCAGCAAUGACAAGUUUGCAGAAGCAAAGAUCCGCAUUCAAUUAACAGGAACAACAACAGUAGAUACUACCCAUACGACAAGAGAGACUCGUUUUACAGUGGCUACAAGAGAAACUCCUACUACAGUGGCUGAUAGAAUUACAACACAAGCAUCCAAUACGACGGCGCCAACAACACUCUGUCCAAUCUGUCCAACAAGUGGCUCUGGUGGCAUUUCAAUUGGAGGAGUAGUUUGCACACUGAUGGUGAUUGGGAUUAUCUGUGUUCUUGAAUUCAUUGCAUGAGAAAUUGAAAAUGGGAUUCAAAAUGAAUUAAGCCUCGACACAACUCUUGACACUUAGAUUAUUUAGACGUUUUUAGCAUUGAUACGUAUCAAUGCAAGAUCAAUCUAACCAAGAUUAUACAGGAAAAUUAGUGUGGAGGAAGCAUUCUUAUUAGGUUUCUGUCAAUAGUGCAAAUUGCCAGUGGCCUCGUUUAAAAUAGAUAUAUAG